AUGGUACUUCCCAGGACCGGGCUGGGGAGGCAGAGGGGCUUCACCAGCAGACACAGCGGAGCAGCCAGUCAAGGACGAGGAGGAGUUAACAUCAAGAUGCCGAAGACUGAGGAAACUGUGCUCCAGAAUGAUCUCAGUGAAGUGGAGAGCGGGGCCCCUGAGCCUAAAACACCAGGGCAGAGCUGGAAAAGCAAGAGUUUCUGUUUAGAUGACCAGUCUCCUGAGGGCAGACCUGAUGCCUUUUCUGUCACACAGCUGAUAGAGACGGUUAAUGAAGUUUCCAGGCUGAGCAUUGCACAUGAAAUCAUAGUAAAUGAAGAUUUCUAUGUGGAAGAGACAAUUUUACCUCCAAACAG